AUGGUCAACUGUGAAAUUUGCCAAACAUUGGUAACUCGAUCAAGGCCACCUAUUUCUUGCGACGCAUGUAAAAAGCAGUUUCAUUCUUUGUGUAUCUCAAACACAGAUAUACUGGGCGUCAUAAGUACUGUUCCUGGGUUGUUUUGGAGAUGUAAGAACUGCAUUCCUAACUGCAUUGUAAUAAACCAGGAUGAUGUUAAGAAUCUACUGAGUGGCAAAAUUGACGAGGCCAUGGCUUCUUUCAAGAAUCAAGUCACGAAAUUAUCUGCUGAUAUAUCAAGAUCUAUGAAAUCAUCUCAUGCAGUACCUUCUGUCAACAAGCCUGUAGUAUCCUAUGGCGAGGUCGUUAGAAAUAAGACCCAGCCAGCAUUAAUUAUUCAGCCAAAAAAUGGGAAUCAUCAAAGCAAGCAAACCAAAGCUGAUCUAAUACAGCAUGUGAAUCCUUGUACUGCAGAAGUUCAGUUAGCGAAAGUGAAGGAUGUUAGGGAUGGUGGUAUUCUUAUUGGUUGUAAGUCAAAGGAAGAAAAUCAGAAGUUGAAAGCUAUUGUUCAGGAAAAGUUGUCAGAUAGUUAUGUGAUACGUGAAAUUACCGGUAUUAACCCGCGGUUUCGGCUAGUGGGCAUGUCAGAUAAAUAUUCAGAUGAUAAAUUACGGCACUUGUUAUUAAAAGGAAAUACUGAUAUCUUCGAAGAUGAUUUUGAAUGUAAAAUUGUUAAGCACUUUCCUACUAAAAAAGACCCUUCUGUAUAUCAAGCUAUUGUUCAGGUGGAUAGGAGUAGUUAUGACAAAAUUGUUAAAGCUGGUUACUUGUUUGUGGGGUGUGAAUAUCCUAUCAUUGCAAUAACUGAAACCUGGUUAGAUUUCUCAUGUAUGAGUAGUGAAUUUAUUCCAACUACAUAUAAUGUGUUCCGGACAGAUCGAGAUUAUGUAACCACUGGUUGCUCAAGAGGUGGUGGUGUGUUGAUUGCGAUUGAUGAGCGUUUUACAGCAUCUUUGAUAGAGAUACCUGAGUUGGCAGUACUUUCUGCCCUAAAGAUUGAUGUAGUAGCAGUCAAGGUUUGUACCAACUCUUUUUCAGUUUACAUUUGCAAUGUCUACAUACCACCUGAUAAGCCCAAUGCUGAAUAUGAGCAAUUUUAUGAUGCUAUCUUGUCAUCGCACGUCCUAUUUGAUAGGAAUUUAGUUAUAACAGGGGAUUUCAACAUAGCUAACUACACUUCUUAUGCUAAUAGUCAUGGACGCAACGCAAAAUUGGUAUCGUUGAACAACUUUGCUGAGGGUCCUGCUAUUAAUCAGUUUAACAAUAUUUCAAAUUCUAUGGACAAUACCCUUGAUUUAGUUUUCUGUAGUGGUCUGUGUGAGGUUGAACAUUCGUGGGAUCCGCUGCUAGAUGAAGACCCAUAUCACCCUGCCCUGAAUAUUUGUUGUAAUGUCAACAGCAGUCUCAAUACUAAGCAUAACUUUCCUGUUUCAUUUAUAAAUUCUUAUAAUUUCCGCAAAGCCAACUUCCCCCAAUUAUAUAAUUUAAUUUCAGACAUGGAUUGGGCUGCUUUAGAUGGCUUUCAUGACGCGAAUGAAGCGUGUGAGUUCUUUUAUAAUAAACUGUACAAUGCUUUUGAUACCUGUGUUCCAAAAUAUGCCCGAGCAACGAAACGUAAAUACCCACCCUGGUUCAAUUCAGCAAUAAUUAAGCUUAUCAAACGCAAGGAGAAGAUUCACCGAUCUUAUAGACGCAACAAUGAUCCUAAAACGUAUCAGACAUUCAGGGAACUUAGAUCAAAAAUUAGGAUAGAGUCAGAUGAAGCAUACAAAAUAUAUGUCAGACAAGCUGAGAACGAAAUACAAAGAGAUUCGAAUAAAUUUUGGGGCUUCUUAAAUUCUAAGCGAAAAUCAACAAACUUAUCAAGUAGGAUGAUUUACAAUGGUAAUGAACUUUUGGAACCGAACGACAUUUUAAAUGCUUUUGCGGAUAACUUCUCCAAAUACUACUCGUCUUCGUCAGCCACCGAAGAAACUGAUAACUUUUUAAUGAGCAAUGAACAACCACUCAAUAUUACUAGAUUUGAGGAGGAUGAAGUUGUCUUAGCCUUGAAGCAAAUAAAACCUAAGAUGACUACCGGACCGGAUAAUGUACCAGCUUUUAUUUUGCGUGACUGUGCCUCUGUGUUGGCGUGUCCUUUGACCGUUUUAUUCAACUUGUGCCUUACCACCUGCACAAUUCCAGAACUAUGGAAGUUGUCUAAAGUAUGUCCAAUACACAAAAACGGCAGUAGGAAUGAUGUAUCAAAUUUUAGACCUAUAUCAAUAUUGUGCAAUUUUUCAAAAGCUCUAGAGACAUUAAUAUAUAACAGACUAUAUCAUCAUGUCAGCAGAAAAAUAUGUGUUCAACAACAUGGUUUCAUGAAAGGGCGCUCAACAGUAUCAAAUCUGAUGAACUUCACACAGACCAUAGCAGAAAACAUUGACAGAGGAUUACAAACAGAUGUGGUCUACACAGACUUCUCCAAGGCUUUCGACAGAGUUGAUCACAGGAUGCUAUUGCAUAAGCUGAAAUCUCAUGGAUUAUCUGAUCCUUUAAUACAACUAUUUAAGUCCUACCUCACUGGAAGAAAUCAAUUUGUGAUGUUUAAUGGCAUCAGAUCGUCGAAGUAUGUAGCCAAUUCCGGAGUGCCACAAGGCAGUAACCUAGGGCCUUUAUUGUUCGUCAUAUUUGUGAAUGACAUAGUCAAUGCUGUUGGCGAGAAUUGUUUACUUUACGCUGAUGAUCUGAAGAUGUUUUGUCGUGUAGUUGAUGAAUCAGACUGUGAUCAACUUUUAGAAAAUCUGGUCAGGUUGGAUGCUUGGUGCUCACAAAACAAUCUGUCAUUAAACAUCAAUAAAUGUUACGUAAUGUCUUACACUUUGAAGAAAAAUCCUCUGUUAUUUGACUAUACCCUGUCAGGUAGCUCUAUUCAGAGGACUUCAACUUUAUGUGACUUAGGCGUGACAUUUGACUCCCAACUAACAUUCGUCAAACACAUUGACAGCAAAAUUUCCGAGGCAAACCGCAUGUACGGCUUUAUUGUAAGAAACUGCCGUGACUUCACUCAGAGUACCACCUUGAAGUUGCUGUAUUAUGCAUAUGUUAGGUCGAAGCUUGAGUAUGCAUUGCUAAUUUGGAAUCCGCAUCAUAUUAUUCAUAUAAGUAGGCUUGAAUGUGUUCAAAGACGUUUCUUAAAAUAUUUGUCACUGAAAGUGGAUGGCGUUUACCCGCCCAUAGGUAUACCUCAUGAUUCCUUACUUGAAAAACAUCUAAUCAGCAGUCUUGAAGCAAGGCGCACUUGCCAGUCAGUGAUUUUUCUAUUUAAGUUGAUCAAUAAUGCUAGUGAUGAUUUAGCUUUAUUGGGUCAGUUAUCAUUUAACGUACCUAGGCUGACAUCCCGACAAAACGUUACGUUUUAUCUACCUGCGGCACGGACAAAUUAUUUACACUAUUCCCCUUUACAUGUGAUGUGUAGGAAUUACAAUUCUGCAAGUAACAGGAUUGAUAUAUUUAACUGCAGAAUUGCAGACAUAAAAAAUACUAUUAAGUAA